AUCGACACCUGUUAUAAAUUAACACACAACAAUAAUCCUUCAUAAUACAAACUAUAUAAUAUAAAUUACGUGCACCCACAUGGAAAUUAAAGCACCAAACUUACCUAGCUAGUAGUGUAUUCAAAAUAACACAACCAAUGGCAGAUAGAUAUCACAAUCACAGUCAUCAAGAUUCAUCAGAGAGAAUAAUCUCAAGGUCCAUGGUUGUGACUUCAGUGAUUGAGGCAAUAGCAAUAGGUGCACCAUUGUUGGGGAUGAUGGGUUUUGGUCUCUUGGCAUCAUCAACACUUCUCCUUGUGAGUUCACCACUUUUGCUUCUAUUCAGUCCCGUGAUUUUGGGUGCUACCUUUGUCAUUUUGGGAGCAGUUGCUGGUUUCUCUGUGGCUUCGGUUAUGGCGGUUGUGGGAAUUGCGGCGGUUUCAUGGGUUGUAAGAGAAGCUAGGCUUAAAUUUAGAGAUAUGAGGAAGGUUGUUGGGAACGACCCUUCACCAAGAAUGAAGGGUAAGGAGUUGGAUUAUUUUGAUAGCCAUUUGGCUACUACCUCUAACGCAAAGUAAGAACAUUUAUAAAAAGAUUA